UAGGGCAUCUUCGAGUGCGUGCGAUUGCGACGCGAUUAAUACCAUCCGUGUCCUCCUCGUUCUCUUCUCCUCUCUCUUCCUCCUCUAUCUCCCCUCAUCCUCCUCCGUAAAAAGCUCGAGCUUUGUGCGAUCUCGGCGCGCUCCGCCCCCCUCCGUUCCCGCGCCCCAUCGCCGAUUCCGGAGCUUCGAUUCUUGCUUCCGCUGCUCCGCUCUCGGAUAUUUAGCUGACUUCGAUCGGUGGAGCCGUCGUGCUCUUCGUGGAUCUCGCUCGUUGUUUGAUUCCUCAGCUGGGAACUGAUCAAUCGCGAUCGCAUCGGGUACGUAUGUUGUAAUAUUAGUUGACGUUCUAUUAUUGAAUCAACUAUAUGCCUUUCAGGUAGUAAGUGAACCUCAUCUUGUAAAUAUUCUCAUUCAGUUGACGUGGAAAUUUUGGUGAAUCUAAUGGAAAAUGCACCAAAUGUCUUCGAAAAUACUUCUGAGAAGAGUUUGGAAAAUGGAGGAGUGAUAAACUGCCAAAAACCCAGUGGAAUUGUUGCAAAAGAGGCAUUUGUUUACAGGCAAGAUGUUGUCAGAUGCAAAAAGUUCGGAGAGCUGCAUGGAAUAGUAAUGGAAGUGGCAGGGGACUCGGAUUCGGAUAGUAGCAUUACAGAUGACAGUGACAUUGAGGACGGUGAAGAAGAUAAAGGCGGCGAAGAGGGUAAAAGUGGCAGCAAUGGCGGUGGUGAUGACAAUGGUAACACAAAUGGUGAUUAUGGUAAUGAUUCUUUACCGGAUGGUGAGGUUAGAAUAACAUGGAUAAACGGUUCUGAGACUACCGAAGAUAUUAACAGUAUCACUGUCAUAGACAGAAGCUUCUUGCACGGUGAUAUUGUUGCUUCUGCUUCAGACCCGACUGGCCAGUUAGGGCUUGUUGUGGAUGUUCAUAUAACAGUUGACCUACAAGCUGCUAAUGGAGAUAUCAUAAGGGGUGUAUCUUCUGGAGAUCUAAAAUGCAUAAGGGAGUUCACUGUUGGUGAUUUUGUAGUCUCCGGACCUUGGCUUGGUCGAGUUGAUGAAGUUCUGGAUAAUGUGACUGUGUUGUUUGACGAUGGUUCAGUUUGUAAAGUAGUUAGGGCUGACCCUUUGCGACUCAAGCCAGUUUCAAAGCCACUUAGUGAUGAUACGAGUUGUCCUUACUACCCCGGCCAGCGCGUGAGGGCAGUCUCUUCAUCUGUUUUCAAAACUUCAAGGUGGCUUUCUGGAUUAUGGAAAGCAAACCGUCUUGAAGGAACUGUUACUAAAGUUGAAACUGCUGCAGUUGUUGUCUACUGGAUAGCAUCAGCAUACCUUGGAAUGGGCAGGACUCAAUCUUCAGUUCCUCCCGAAGAACAGAAUCCGAAGAAUUUAACUCUAAUAUCUUGCUUUUCUUAUGCAAACUGGCAAUUAGCUGAUUGGUGCCUUCUCCCAUCACCACCACCGCAGCCAUCACUAUAUGCUGAUGAAACAGAACAAAAGGAAAGUGUAGAAAUCCAUACAAAUGCCAGCAUAGUAGGUGCUGAAUUGUCUGAGGGCAUUUGUGAACCUGGAUUGAAAAUUCCUAAUGAAGCAGAUGGGCCUCAUAAUGUGGUUAUUUCAGAUCCCCAGAAUGUUCAAUCUGAUUCUGAGCAUGCAGCGGGUGAUUUUUGUGAGAAUAGCGAUGUGGGUAAAGAAAUAAAAGGUAGUUCCAAGUCCCAAGAUAGUGAUACAACGGUUCUCAACAAAGUCAGUAAACUGGGCGAAAAUGAUGGAACUGAAACAAGUGACUUGCCAGAAUGUUGUUCUUGCAGUAGUGCUUCAUUGGUUUCAAAGGAACCCAAUCAUGAAAAUUGGCCUACAUACCGCAAAAAGCUGAGGAAAGUCUUCUUUAAGAGAGACAAGAGGACUCGUAGAAGAGAUGAAAGCUUUGAAAGAGCUCUCUUGAUCGUAAACACUGUCACUAAAGUUGAUGUGGCAUGGCAAGAUGGAACGAGAGAAUGUGGGCUUAGUUCGACAUCUCUAAUCCCAAUUCAUAGUCCAAACGAUCAUGAAUUUUUCCCUGAGCAAUACGUUGUGGAUAAGACCUCAAAUGAAGUUGACGAUCCUUCUGAAACAAAGCGUGUGGGAAUUGUUAGAAGUGUUAAUGCAAAGGAUCGAACUGUAUGUGUGAGUUGGCUUAGGCCUGCAUCAAGGCCAGAAGAUCCUAGGGAAUUUGAUGGUGAUGAAGUGGUGAGUGCAUAUGAGUUGGAUGGGCACCCAGAUUAUGAUUAUUGUUAUGGAGAUGUUGUUGUUCGCUUGCCUUCUAGUGGGUCAGAUAACAUUGAAAAUCCUGUGGGUAAAUCAGAAGAACAAGCUGAUUCAGUGGAAGCUGAAGUGAAUGCAAGUAAAAAUGGUUUAGAUGUGGGUGUACCGGAGCAGGUCCCAGAGGAUGAAUCUUGUUCCAAUUUCACUAGUCUUUCUUGGGUUGGGAAUAUUGUUGGUUUUCAGGAUGGUGAUAUUGAAGUAGUAUGGGGUGAUGGGAUGAUGGCAAAGGUUGGGCCUCAUGAAGUGUAUGUUGUUGGUCGGGAAGAUGAUGGAGACUCAUUUGAGGGUGGAAGUGAAGUUAGUGACGAUGGUGCUAGUUGGGAAACAGUUGAUGAUAAUGAUAUGGAUAAGCUUGAUGUUUCUACUAAGGAAGGUAGUACUCAAAAUACUCAAAAUUCUACUGAUGAUAAUGCUGAAAGGGAAAACAACGGUGGUGCUGUACCCGAAGAUAAUACCGGGCGAAAUGGGCCGCUUUCUAUGCCCUUUGCAGCUAUUGGCUAUGUUACUAGAUUGGCCACAGAAUUUUUUGGUCGAGGUAGAAAGCAACUAGAUGCAUCAAGUGCGGAUGGUAUAAAUGAAAAUGAAGCUGAAUCUGACGAGGCUCCCGAGGUUUCUGAGAAAGCAGUCAAUGAAGAAACUACCAUUGAAGCAUCUGAGGCCUGUGAUGAUGGUGCACAUGUCAAUGAGACAGCAGAAGAAAAGUCUCAUGCCACAGUGAUGGAAAGUGCUCCUGCUAUAACAAAGGAUAGCUUAGACAGAGUGGAUAGUAGUGAUGAUUUUUGCUUCAAACACUUUGAUAUUGUGCAGAACCCCUCCGACCAUCAUUUCGCGGCAGCCGAUGGGCAGAGUACUGGCGGAAGAAAGUGGGUCAAAAAAGUUCAGCAGGAAUGGAACAUUCUAGAGAAAAACCUACCAGAUGAUAUUUAUGUCAGAGUAUUUGAGGAACGAAUGGAUCUCAUAAGAGCUGUUAUAGUAGGUGCCUCUGGAACACCUUACCAAGAUGGCCUUUUCUUCUUUGAUUUUCACCUUCCACCUGAAUACCCUCAAGUUCCACCUUCAGCAUACUAUCAUUCUGGUGGGCUGCGAGUGAAUCCAAACUUGUAUGUGGAUGGAAAGGUCUGCCUAAGCCUCCUAAAUACAUGGACUGGCAAAGGAAAUGAAGUGUGGGAUCCAUUAUCCUCCAGCAUCCUUCAAGUACUCGUGUCACUCCAGGGUCUUGUUCUCAACUCGAAGCCAUAUUUCAACGAAGCAGGAUAUGAGAAGCAGGUUGGAACUGUCGAAGGGGAGAAGAAUUCAUUGCCUUAUAAUGAGAAUACAUAUCUGCUGAACUUAAAAUCCAUGCUGUAUAUUAUGAGAAGGCCUCCCCUGCAUUUCGAAGACUUCGUCAAGGACCAUUUCCGGAGGCGUGGUCAUUACAUUCUCAAAGCUUGUAAGGCCUACUUGGAGGGUUCUUUGAUUGGCUCACUCACAGCAGAUGCUUGCACCUCUGAGAAAAGCAAAGAGCAUUCUUGUUCAGUUGGUUUCAAGUUGACUCUCGGAAAAAUUUUGCCACGACUGAUCUCAGCUCUGAAGGAUGUCGGAGCUGAUUGCGGCCAAUUUGAAUAUCUACAAAUUUCAGAAAAUAUCCAAGAAAGUUGAUCUCAUAAAAAGUUCGCACAUUGGUCCUGUUGUACCAAAGGUGUGUCCACUCCGAUAUGUGAUUAACGCAUUAUGGAGUCUCAGGUGAAUUUUGAUUUUGAUUUUGAUUUCUUGCCUUCGGAACUCGGAAUCCUGUAUAGUCAUCAUUUUUUGAGCUGCAGGGCUAAUACUCUGGGAUUUCCUCGCGUUUGGAUUCCGAGGAGUCGAAUUUGCCAACCCGUAAGUUUGGGACUUUUCACUUCUUAUGGAAGAAAACAUUUGACUUGGCAGUUACAGUUUGUUCUUGUAUAAACUUGUAACUUAUGAUAUACUGAUGAUACCGAGAUAAAACAUGAUCUCACAAUUCUUUUGCAGCCACCGCCGCAUCUCUUGAUGUGAGAUUUUUUUAAAAACUAAUUUGUGAUUAAAACAAUAUUUUUUUUCUUUU